AGUUUUUUUUUUUUUUUUUUGACACAAAGAACAUAAGGGUUGUUUUCUCUCUUUAAAAAGAGAGUUGAACAUGAUUCGACUCACUCACUGGCUCUUCCAUUGCACAACCGUUUGGGCGCCAAAAAGUUACCUCACACCGCGAGUGAAAUCAACGCUCACAGUUUUGGAGAAAAUGUCUGGAACUGGAAAGGGGAAGAAGAGGGAAGAACUCGACCACGCUUCCGAGGACGAUACUGAAUCUCACGCGCCUCCCAAAAAGACCGCCAAGAAAGACACUGAAGAUGACUCUGGUGACAUCGUCUUUGAGAUUGGGAAGAACAGGAGGGUUUCCGUCAGGACCUGGAACAAACAGCCUUGGGUUGACAUUCGCGAAUUUUACACCAAAGAUGGCAAGCAGUUGCCUGGCAAAAAAGGUAUCUCAUUGAACAUGGAACAGUGGAUUGUGCUUCGUGAUCACAUUGAAGAAAUUGACAAUGCAGUCAAAGAGAAAUCUUAGGAAUUUGUGCACUAAAUGGAAUUACUAGUCCAAACACUAUCUGUGGGUUUCUUUAGUUUUUUAUUAAUCAUUAGAAGCACCUGACAUGGAUCCAAACCUAGGCUCAAAAAUUUGAGAUUUGAACAUGUGGUUAUUAGUGCAUCUGUGCAUGUAAAGAAAGUGUUGAUUGGUUAGCGUAUAGUUCCGUUAUUUGCUAAUGCUAAUAUCUUGAAACUUGAAAGUUUUGAAUUUUGGGCUUAGGUGUGUGUGGAGAUAUUUUUGUUUUUUAAUCUUUUCAUUUUAAUUUGCA